AUGUCGAGCGGAAUCUAUCGAUGGAACACCGUCAACGUCCUGGACGAUGGCGACCGUGUCUGCUACGGACGCGUUGUGGAUGUGGCCUGUAACGGCCUACACCUUGAUCUUCUCUAUCCCAAUCACCAGCGCGAUUUUUUCCCUUUCUCCAGGAUUUUCAAGCAUUGUGCUCCGGUUUACCCUCCACCGCUCCUAACUGAUCUAGGCGCUGUGUAUGCGACAGCGGGUGCCACCAUUCCUGUUGAAGUGCUGAUGCGUGAAAAUGCUUCUGCUCCAUGGGUCUGGUUCUCCGCUGAGAUAAUCAAUCUGGUCCAGCAUAACGUCCCCCAUUCGUCGCCCCAUGUGGCCAUCGUCCGCUGGGGAGCAAAUCUGACCCGAACGGAUAUUGUGCGCGUUGAGCGCAUUCGCUGGAGGGUACCUGCUGCCUGGUUUGCCAACCACGAACGAGAUCGCGUCGAUGUCCCGUCUCAUGAUCGAUCUACAAUCUUGAAGCAGGUCAGCAAAGAGAUGUUUCUCCAGCAUAGCGUGCCAUUACCGAAAAAUUGCUGCUUGAUCCCGGCGGCCGUUGUUCUGGAAAAAGCCACGGGUACACUGAAAUCGUCAGGAUGUCGGGAAUGGACAGCCUCGUUUGUGGAUGUUGUUAAUGGGCAUUUGGUGUACAUUGCGCACAGGACAUCCACUGGCCCGUUGAAGCAGCCUACUAUGAGCUAUUUGGCGCGUAUCAACACUACGCUGUUUAAGCGUCUGUCGCGCAUGAGUUGGCGUUCAUCCGCAGCAUCUGCCCCAUCCAAAUCAGAGGCCGAAGCCAGUCGAUUGCCGUUGGAGUUGUGGUCGGAGGUCUUGUCCCAUCUGGGCACAUGGACGCAGAACAAGCUGCGGUUGGUCUGUGCACUGUGGAAUGAUUGGAUCGAAUCGUCGGAACUGGCAGAUACUCUACUGAUUAAUGCUGGCUGGCUCGGUCAUGAGCAGGCUCAGAUGGAUUACGCCAUGUUGUCAGUGGUCUUUAAAUGCCUGCGUGUCUCCACGCGCCACGUCCUGGUGGCCGGUCGGCAGCGACUCCUAGAUGGCGAGAACUAUUUGAAAGUACUGGAACUGAUCUGCUUCAUGGCGCAGCAGCACGGUGGAGUGCGGCUGAAGGCGAUCCUUCUGGUUGGUUUCCGAUGGCGGCUGUUGACAGGUUAUUGCGACGAGCCAAACAGUGGCGAGGUAGCGGAGUGUAUGGCGCACCAGCCUCAGAACUCAGCACGGCGCGACUCGCUGCUUCGCGUGGCUGACCUGACCGCCUUGUUGCGACGUCUUCCGUGCGAGACCCUCCGUGUGGCCGACUGCAGUAUCGAACUGCGUUUCACUGUGGUGGGUGGCUACCAUACGACGCUGAUCAGCAGUAUUCCCAUGGCUCGGCUGGCGAUUGACGACAAUCUGGAGUGCACAAUGUGGAAUGUGGUGGAGGGCGGGUUGCCCGUGUCGAAGGACGGACUGUUGCGCAGCGUGGCCAUUCGGUUGGGGUUUAGUGACACGGUCACAAUUUCUAAAGACCCAGGGGCAGGCCAAGUGCUGUGCGCAAUACAGGCAGGUGAUCCCCGGCUGUCACCCCUUUAUCGCCGCAAGAAAUGGUGCAUCGACGGGUUGAAACAUGAAGAGCUGGAGAAAUUGUCCGGUAUUGCACUGUACUUCCUCGUCACCGUACUGGAGUACUUUUCUCACUUGUAGACAUUUCCUCCACGCUUAGUUAGCCUACAAACGCGGCGCCAAAUUGGUUGGAUAAGGUUGACGAAUUCGAGUGCAUACAGUAGUUAUAACAUGCAUAAGGAAUGGUCACGAAGAAAUCACUGCGCUGGUGUGGUUGUCAAUGAAUGACACCGUGUUCUACAUGAUGAUCUUACUU